GUUUCCGUUUGUCUCACCGAUCCCGCUUGACAUUUCAUAUUUACCCCUACAGACUCACUUUCUUUGCUCUCCUUUCAGCAGUCCCUAAAGGUCUGGUAUUUCACUGAAUUUAGCUCACUGUCUAGUCAGCACAGAUUUUCCUCUUCUCCGGACUGUAACCUGCACGGUAAAACUGUACAUCAUGUCUUCGCUGCCUCCUGUUUAUAUUGUUUCGGCCGUGCGGACCCCUGUGGGCUCAUUUUUGGGUUCUUUAUCAAGCCAGACUGCCCCGCAGCUGGGCUCCCAUGCGAUCAAAGCGGCCCUUAACAAAGCCGAUGGUAUUAACCCAUCGGAUGUUCAGGAAGUAUUCUUCGGCAACGUUCUCUCUGCAAACGUUGGUCAGAAUCCCGCUAGACAGUGUGCUCUUGGGGCUGGACUUGAAGAGUCUACGGUGUGUACCACGGUUAACAAGGUUUGCGCAUCUGGUCUGAAGGCAGUUAUUCUUGGAGCCCAAACAAUCAUGACCGGUAACGCGGAUGUUGUUGUGGCCGGUGGCGCCGAGUCCAUGUCGAAUGCCCCACACUAUCUCCCAAAUCUUCGCACUGGGGCCAAAUAUGGCCAUCAAAAUCUGGUGGAUGGCAUCAUGAAAGACGGCCUGACCGAUGCAGGCAAGCAGGAACUUAUGGGUUUGCAAGCCGAAGAAUGUGCACAAGACCACGAUUUGAGCCGGGAACAGCAGGAUAACUAUGCUAUCCGGACCUACGAAAAAGCUCAGGCUGCACAGAAAGCCGGUCUUUUCGAUGACGAGAUUGCACCUAUCGAAUUGCCUGGAUUCAGGGGCAAGCCGGGUGUCACGGUGUCCCAGGAUGAGGAGCCGAAGAAUCUUAAUCCUGAUAAGCUUCGGGCUAUCAAGCCUGCUUUCAUUCCUGGGUCGGGAACCGUGACAGCCCCUAACUCCUCCCCUUUGAAUGACGGGGCCGCAGCUGUCGUUUUGGUUUCUGAAGCAAAGGUCAAAGAGCUUAACCUCAAACCCGUUGCUAAAAUCCUUGGAUGGGGAGAUGCCGCUCACCAACCUAGUAAAUUCACCACUGCACCCGCUCUCGCAAUUCCCAAGGCACUCAAACAUGCAGGUGUUGCCCAGGAUGCUGUGGAUGCCUUUGAGAUCAAUGAGGCAUUCAGCGUGGUUGCUCUGGCCAACAUGAAAUUGCUCAACAUUCCCGAAGAGAAGGUCAACAUUCAUGGCGGUGCUGUUGCUAUCGGUCAUCCCAUCGGUGCCAGCGGUGCCCGUAUCUUGACUACCUUGCUUGGUGUUCUUAAAGCUCGGAACGGCAAGAUUGGCUGUGUGGGAAUCUGUAAUGGAGGUGGUGGCGCGAGCGCCAUGGUUGUGGAAUCUCUUGUCUAAUGUUCGGAAGCGCAAUUGGUGAGCCACUUGAGCUCAUGGCCAUUCUUGUUCAGAAGGAGACCGACAAGCCCCUUACGAGUGGUCUGCUAACAAUUUAUUCUCCCGCCAAAUGUUGGUUUCAAGAUGCUAGACGUCAUAUAGCAACGUUUGUUUCCGAAGAAAACAACCCUUAAGCAUUUCUGCCUACUUCUCUGACAUUAAAGGCCGUAGUCUGGAAGCUAUGUCCAAAAGUUAUACAGGCCAUGGCCUUGCCUGGAUCACUAUCCUAUGUUGGGCCACGCAAGGACCUCUCGAAACAGUUAUGGGAACACAUAGCUCAAAGAGAUCUAGGAAAUAUGGUGCAGUGGAAAAGGAUCAGAGAAUAUGGCUAGCACCGACGAGUGUCGCGAGAACCGCAUGUAUUGACCUGUUUGACUCUGUUUCAUCCAAUAGGUGCUAGAUGAGUUUGAUG